UAUUAUUUUUUCAUCAGCAAUUACCGAGUUCACUUUACGGCCGACUAUUGAACAGUUUAUUUGAAUUAGUAAUCGAUAAUUAUUAGUUUUGACUGCUGUUUUGAAAAUGUUGAAAUUUAGUGGCAAAGAAAGCAUUAAAAUAAUUAUUCUAUCUGCGAUUAGUAUUUUUUUAAGUCAAUGUGCUGAAGUCUGUUUAAAUCCUGGGUUGAAGUGCGUAGGGUGUCCAUAUUAUAACGUUUCUUUGACUGCGUACUAUCCAGAUUAUGCUAGUGAUGAUUCAUCAGAUUAUUUGGACAUGAGAGGAAAAAAAUUAAAAACUUUACAGGACUUUUUAGACGGACGCGAUGAAUAUGUGACCGCAGCGAUGGAUAAAAAUCCAGAAAUACCCUACGGAACACGAGUCUGCAUUCCUGAAUUGAAUCAACAUUUCAAACAAUAUAUACCCAUCCAAGUAAGAGAUUACAGCCCAGAUCUAGAAGGUGAAGGCCAUUCUAGUGUAGACAUUUGCGUACGCAGUGAAAGUGACAGCUAUGAUUUUGCUGUUAAUCGAAUGGUCACUCUUUACAUUCGCGAAGACGCGAAAAAUAAUAAUAAUGAAAAUUAAAAAUUAUUCAAUAAUUAUUAGAAAAUUGACUAUUGACGUGGAAAUAAAUAAUGAAUUUUAUUGUACAAAUUUACAAAAUAAAUAAAUA